AUGGCGGGCGAUCACUCUCGUAGCCUGGGCAAGGGCAGCGCGGCCCCGGGGCCUGUGCCCGACGGGCUGAUCCGGCUCUACAGCAUGCGGUUCUGCCCCUUCGUCCAGCGGACGCGCCUUGUCCUCCGCGCCAAGGGCAUCAGUCAUGAAGUAAUCAACAUCAAUCUGAAGAACAAGCCAGACUGGUUCUUUGAGAAGAACCCCCUUGGGCUGGUUCCUGUUCUGGAGACCAGUAAGGGCCAGCUGAUCUGUGAGUCUUCAAUCACUUGUGAAUAUUUGGAUGAAGCAUUUCCAGGGAAGAAGUUGAUGCCUUCAGACCCAUAUGAGCGAGCCUGUCAGAGGAUGCUGUUGGAACAGUUCUCAAAGCUACCACCCAUACUUUUCAAGUAUUUUAUGGCAGUCAAAGAUGGACAGGAUACCACAGCACUGAAAGCAGAGAUUACUGAAAAGCUUGGCAAACUUGAAGAGGUUCUGUGCAAACGCAACACUGUGUUUUAUGGUGGGGACUCCAUCACCAUGAUUGACUACUGGAUCUGGCCGUGGUUUGAACGUCUGGAACCAUUCCACCUGAAGGACUCUCUGAGUCACACCCCAAAGCUCCAACGCUGGAUGGAGGCCAUGAAGGAGGACCCUCCAGUCAAGGCUACAAUGACUGACCCACAGAUAUACAAAGGUUAUCUCCAGCUUUAUGUGAAGAACAGCCCUGAGGCAUGUGAUUAUGGGCUCUGAGGUGCCAGUAGGCACGUGCUUGCGUAAGUGCUUCUUUUCAGUGUGAGCUAUGGGGGUCUAGAGUAAUUUGGUGUGGGCUCUUCAGUGGUUGUUUCAUAACGGGGACUAAAUCUAUGUUGAAAAGGCUAAGAAAUUUCCUGUGAGCUCCACUCAUUCCUGCCAGCAGGAGGAUGUGCUGGCUUUAGGCAGGUCAUAGAAAGUCAUUGCUGGCCAUUUAUGUGACGUGAAGGGAAAUGCUGGCUUUACUCAGACGUGAUACUCUGUUUUCUCUGGCCUCUUUGCAGGCAUUGCUGGUGAUCAGUUCCUGAACUGACCUUGUUACUUGGUUUAAAAUUGUAACACUGAUGCCCUGGAAAUAAAUAAAAA